AGGACGACUGUGUGUUGUUCAUCUGUCUAAAUUUUUCUCCACUAAAUUUUAUUCUGGAAUUCUGCACACAACAAGCAACAGUGCAACAACUUCUGAACAAGAUCGACGAUUCAAAAAAACAAGCAAAUCAUAAGUGAAUGGAGCCGCCGGGACGGGAAAAACAUUCCUCAUUAAACUUUUCACGAAUGCGGUCAACAAGCGAUGGGGCAAGAAGAAUUCAGUCGUGAUUGCCGGAACGACUGGAAAAGUGGCGGAGGCGAUUGCAGGUCAGACUCCAACUGUAUCCACUCAAAUUGGGAAAAUGUUAUAAAUCACCAUUGUUCGAACAGUUCGAUUUUGGUAGCGGACCCGGAAUUUUUCAAUUUUUUUAUCAAGCUGGCUCAAAUUUGGUGCAGAGGGUAGGAGUCUGGAAGUGCAUGGAGCAGAGUUGGAUGAGAUCGUGAAAAAAUACAUCGAAUUUGGAAUUGUGAAAAACUUUGUAUUAUGUACUUCAAAUAAGCUAUGCCGACAUUUAAAUAACAUUGUUAGUUUCAUAUUUAAAAAUUAAUUUGUAUGAAAAUUUGAAA